AUGCCUCAAUUACUGCGAAACAUCAGUGGAAUCAUCGAUGCCUUCCAACGCUAUGCCAGGACGGAGGGCAACUGCAUGGUGCUCACCCGGGGGGAGCUGAAAAGGCUCCUGGAGCAAGAGUUUGCUGACGUCAUCGUGAAACCCCACGACCCGGCCACCGUGGAUGAGGUCCUGCGCCUGCUGGAUGAAGACCACUCAGGGACCGUAGAAUUCAAGGAAUUCCUGGUCUUGGUGUUCAAAGUCGCGCAGGCCUGUUUUAAGACAUUGAGUGAGGGUCCUGAGGGAGCUUGUGGAUCUCAAGAGUCUGGAAACUCCUCCCGUGGGACCUCGGGGGAGCUGGGAAAAGGACAGAGAAGUGUCACAGAAGUGGGAGGCCUUGGAGAAGGACAGCAUCACAAGGGGAGCAGUGGUGGCCAGGGCAGGCAGGCUUCCAGAGGGCAAGAUGGGGCUGGGACACACACCCAAGGACCGGACAUCAGCUCUUCCCAGAGACAGGGGAUAGAGAGCCAGCAGACACAAGCGAGGGGGCACGUGGAGCCUAGCCAGAGAGUGGGAGAAGACCAGAGUCACAUGACCAGCGAGUGGGUGCCGGAAAGACAGUCACAGACUAGAGAACAGAACAGAGCCCACCAGACACAUGGGACUGUUAGUGGCACCGUAACUCAGACACAGACAGGUGCCACCCACACCAUGGAGUGGGACGGGAGCCAGAUGAGCCAGGUAGCCUCUAGAGGACACACUCAGAUACCUACAGGGUCACACACCCAGACUACACAGCAGGACAGGAGCCGCCAGACAGGAAGCACUAGCACCCAGUCCACCCAUGGCCAGACCAGAGGGACUGAGACCCAAACCCAAGACAGGAGCCAGAUGAGCCAGGUAGCCACAGGAGGGCACACUCAGACACAGACAGGGUCACACACCCAGCAGGACAGGAACCGCCAGACAGGAAGCACUAGCACCCAGUCCACCCAUGGCCAGACCAGAGGGACUGAGACCCAAACCCAAGACAGGAGCCAGAUGAGCCAGGUAGCCACAGGAGGGCACACUCAGACACAGACAGGGUCAUACACUCAGACCACACAGCAGGACAGGAGCCGCCAGACAGGAAGCACUAGCACCCAGUCCACCCAUGGCCAGACCAGAGGGACUGAUACCCACACUCAAGACUGGAGCCAGAUGAGCCAGGUAGCCAAUAGAGGACACGUUCAGAUACCUACAGGGUCCCACACGCAGCAGGACAGGAGCCAUCAGACAGGAAGCACUAGCUCCCAGUCUACCCAUGGCCAGACCAGAGGGACUGAGACCCAAACUCAAGACAGGAGCCAGAUGAGCCAGGUAGCCACAGGAGGGCACACUCAGACACAGACAGGGUCACACACCCAGCAGGACAGGAACCGCCAGACAGGAAGCACUAGCACCCAGUCCACCCAUGGCCAGACCAGAGGGACUGAGACCCAAACCCAAGACAGGAGCCAGAUGAGCCAGGUAGCCACAGGAGGGCACACUCAGACACAGACAGGGUCACACACCCAGACCGCACAGCAGGACAGGAACCAGACAGGGGCUAGAGAACAGGGACAGACCCAGACACAGUCAGGCUGCUCUGAGGCAGAAGAGAGAGUGCCCGGAGGUCAAGCCCAGGCUGGGACCAGCACCUCGACAGGCAGACAAGACGGCAGCAGCACUCACCCAGGGGGCAGUGUGACAGGAGGGCAGGGUGAAAGAGACCCCCCAAAGGUCAAGGAAGAGUGGGUUGAUGACCCAUCAAGAGAGGCAGGGAUUGGAAGGCAGGACCAGGGCAGCCUACACACCGCCCAGCCGGAAGGAAAGCCAGAGCUCACAGCCAGGGGGCUGUAUUCCUACUUCACAGGCAACAAGCCAUGA